AUGAUUCAAGUUGGGCGGCGGUCAUUUUCAAUUGGCUUCCACACAACAACAACGUUCCAACAAUACCGAAAUAAUUUCUCAUCCUUCUUCGCUAUAAUACUCAUUUCCGAGCUGUUUCUUUCACUCAUAAUACUGAAUCAAUUUUUGGUCGUUGCAAAUGCUGUCUCUUCCUCCGAUGCUAUUAUUGAUGUUAAAGAAUUAAAUAAUAAGAAUAUUUAUGCAGAUGGAACUGUGGAUUGUGGAGAAUGGGACUAUUAUUCUUUUGAUAUUCCAGCAGAUGUUCGAGUUCAGAAAUUUUACCUCUCUUUCCGAUUUACCAAAAUGAAUGAUCAAUCCAAGGAUGUUCAGGCUAUUUCCAUAUUCUUCAAAUUGAAUGCAAUUCCAAAUAUCACGUAUUAUGAUGCAAUGACAACAUCACCUACAGUUCCGAUUAGCUUGGAUUAUUUACAACCAAAUUCAACGGGAUAUAUUGCAGUGUUAGGCAGAGGCAUGUGCCAGGAAGGAGACGAAACAACAAAUUAUUAUUUAUUUCAGGGAUAUUUGGAUAGGGAAGGACCUCUUCCAAGUUGGGCCAUUGUAAUAAUUAUCGUGGGAUCUGGUUUCUUGUUCUCUGUUCUUGCCAUUUCCUUGUCUGUUGCCUAUCGAUAUUUCAAACAUCGAAAGAGAAGAGAAUAUGAACGAUUGUGA